AUGUUGGUCACAUCCCUUCUACAACCCGACGGUUUCCUCCACUUGCAGCAGUUACUCACACCAUCAAGAUCACCACGAUCACCGUCGUGGAGCACGCUCCGACCACCAAGAACCAGCGGCACUGUGAACGACCCUCUAAAAAAAAUGAAAUCAAUGGGAAAGACAGACGAGUUUAGGCGAAAACGAAACCAAUACGGUGUUGGUGACUUGAAGAGAAUACGUGUCUGACUUUCGAAUAUGGGUAUGGUUUUGCUUUAUGUUUGUGUAUGGAUUUUUAGCUUGAAGAUCAGAUAUGUGUUUGGGAGUUGAAGUGAAAAACCCAACGUAACGAUCUUCAUAGAGAAAAACGUUAAAAAGUCAGUCCCAACAUCAUCCAAGUUCGUGAAGUUGGCAAUAGAUUCCUGCAAAGGAAUGGAUUACUUGCACAACGGCAACAUAUUUCAUAGGGAUGUCAGGAUUGCUAACUUGCUCGGACAGUUAAAAUUAGAUGGAUUUUGAGGUUGCUCGGUUCUGACUUAAGGCAGAGUUAUGUCAGCAGUGGCUACUGAGGUUUCUAUUUGUUGCUCUCUAAAUAUUUGAUCUUUGAUUUAAGGAUUGAGGAUUUCAUUGAUUUCCUUUUUAACUGUAACAACGAUAAACCCAAGUUAAUUUUUUUUUUCUUAUUUAUAUUUGUAAAGUUGUGAAUCCCCUUAAUUUACCAUGAUGAAUAGAGCUACUAUAUAAUCUUAUGUAUUGUCAUGGUUUGUAUGGAUGUAAAUUGA